AUGUCUGAAAGUGAACAACCAACGAAAAAACAAAAGAUGACGACCGACUCCGAGGCACAAACUGGCGAAGCGCCAAAAGAUAUUCCACAAACCACAACCGGAGAAAAGACAUGCAAACAUUGGGUGCAACGUAAGAAGCGGUUUUGUAAAAUGACAGUGGCCAAGGGAAAGGAAUAUUGUGGAGAACAUGCACCGGCUGUCAAGCUGGAAGCAGGACAGUCACCAGAAGAUCAAGAUAGAAUACCCUGUCCAUUGGAUGGCAAACAUACCGUCUACAAAAAGAACCUGAAUAAGCAUUUGAAAAUUUGUAAUGCCAAGCCAAAGGAAGAUUUGCCGGAGUACAUACAAAAGAAUGUGAAUGCAGGAGAAGCGGAAGACGCUUUAACUCCCGACGAAUUAAAUGCCAUUAAAUUAUCAGAAUUGGAAGAUUCCGAAUUUUAUAAAAUUAUAGAUAAAGUAAAGGACCUCUAUGGCAAAUAUGUUGAAGGUCAAAUUAAAUCUCUGGACUAUCAUCACAAAUGUAUGGACGAAGAGUUGGCCAAGGAGGAGUAUGGUAAAGAGUCACGCAAGCAUUUGUUGCAAGCUGCAGCCCUACUGGGUAUACUUGACAAGGAACAGACAAUACAAAACUCGACCAGUUUUGUAGAGUUUGGAGCUGGUAAAGGACAAUUGGCGUUUUAUCUCUCAAAGUUGUUGGAAAAUAUGGAAAACUCACAAGUGGUAUUGGUGGAUCGUAUGUCGUUGAGACAUAAAAAGGAUAACAAAAUUGAAGAUCGUUCAUUGGUUCAGAGGAUACGUGCUGAUAUUAUUGAUUUUAAAUUAGAAAAAUUACCCGCCUUAGAAACGUCUAAACAUUGCAUGGCUGUUUCGAAACAUUUAUGUGGUGGUGCCACAGAUCUCUCCUUGAGAUGUAUAGUCCAAGCAGCUGCCGAGAAAUGUUUGACUGAUUUAAUUAUGAUUGCAGUUUGUUGUCAUCAUCGCUGUGAUUGGUCUUCAUUUGUUGGCAAGGAGUUCUUCAAGAGACACGAAGUCACGCCGCGUGAAUUUGCCAUUAUUACCAAAAUGGUUAGUUGGGCUAUAUGUGGCACCGGUAUGAGCCGUGAAAGGCGUAAAGCUUUGGAAGAACAAAAUCUCUCAGAAGUGGAGAUAAAAGAAAUUCAAUCGAAUCAAAGAUUGUCGUUAGCGGAGCGGGAAACUAUUGGUUUUAUGUGUAAACGCAUUUUGGAUUAUGCCCGUUUGGAAUAUUUGAGGCAGAACGCCUACGAUGCUGAUUUGUAUUAUUAUGUUGAGAAAGAUGUUACCUUGGAAAAUGUUGUUCUAUUGGCAAGACGAAAAGAGGAAAGUGCGGACAAAUAA